AUGUCAUCGUCUAAUAAUCUUCGAGAAAAUUUAAAUAAUUAUUUAUCAAGAAAUGAAAAAAAUUCUAUAGCAUCUGAUUUAAAAAGUAAAAUUUUCAAUUUAAAAUCUUCUAUAUUACCUGGAAAUGUUUACAGUUCAGUACCUCUUGAUGAAAAUAGUCAUGGUAAUGAAUGGAGUGAAUUGUCAGUUAAUGAUUGCUGCCCUAAACUAUCUAGAAUUCAAAGGCAGUUUAUUCCUAAUUUUAAGUUUUUCUUUUUUAUGGGGACCAUUCAACCAUGCAAAACACCUGUUUAG